CAGUAGUCUCGCGGGGGUUGCUGGGAUUGGGAUUUUCCCCUCCCAUGUGCUCCGACUGGCGCUAAAAGUUUUGAGCUCAAAAGUCCAGAGCUACCGCCCUGGAAGCAGGUAUUCCCUGGGCCCCCGGGAUCACCUGCCAUCCGGCCUAGGAGCGUGCUUCCCAGGGCGGUGUUCAGAGCAGCCACACUGCCUUCCAGGGAGCUGCAAUGGAUGAGCCACAGUCAGAAAUGGAUGCCCCUCUGAGUCAAGAGACAUUUUUAGACUUGUGGAAACUACUUCGCGAAAACAAUGAUCUGACCUCUGACGGCUCCCCGCCAGAUGAACUAUUCCAGUCCCCAGACCUUGUAAACUGUCUGGACAAUGGUCCAGAUGAAGCCUCCAGUGUGGCAGCAACUCCUGCACGAGCAACUGUUACCCCGGCACCAGCCACCUCCUGGCCUUUGUCAUCCUUUGUCCCUUCCCAGAAGACCUACCCUGGUAGCUAUGGUUUCCGUUUAGGAUUCCUGAAUUCUGGGACAGCCAAGUCUGUAACCUGCACGUACUCCCCUACCCUCAACAAGCUGUUUUGCCAGCUGGCAAAGACCUGCCCCGUGCAGCUGUGGGUCAGCUCCCCACCCCCAUUCGGUACCCGUGUUCGUGCCAUGGCCAUCUACAAGAAGUCUGAGUACAUGACGGAGGUCGUGAGGCGCUGCCCCCACCAUGAGCGCUGCUCUGACUAUAGCGAUGGUCUGGCCCCUCCUCAGCAUCUUAUCCGCGUGGAAGGGAAUUUGCGUGCCGAGUAUUCGGAUGACAAAAACACUUUUCGACAUAGUGUGGUGGUGCCCUAUGAGCCGCCCGAGGUGGGCUCUGACUGUACCACCAUCCACUACAACUUCAUGUGUAACAGCUCCUGCAUGGGUGGCAUGAACCGGCGGCCCAUCCUCACCAUCAUCACUCUGGAAGACUCCAGUGGUAAUCUUCUGGGACGGAACAGCUUUGAGGUACGUGUUUGCGCCUGUCCUGGGAGAGACCGGCGCACAGAGGAAGAAAAUUCCCGCAAGAAGGAGGAGCCUUGUCCCAAGCAGCCCCAUGGGAGCACUAAGCGAGCACUGCCCACCAACACUGACUCCUCGCCCCCACCCAAGAUGCCACCGGAUGGAGAAUAUUUCACCCUUCAGAUCCGUGGGCGUGAACGCUACGAGAUGUUCCGAGAACUGAAUGAAGCCUUAGAGCUAAAGGACGCCCAGGCUGGAAAGGACCCCGGGGGAAGUAAGACUCGCUCCAGCCACUUGAAGUCUAAAAAGGGGCAAUCUACCUCCCGCCAUAAAAAACCCAUGUUCAAGAGAGAGGGACCUGACUCAGACUGACUGACAUCCUCUGCUUCCUGUCCCCUGUUGACACCCUACCCUGUUCCUCUUUCCUGGCAUUUUUGGGGGCUUGGGAGCUUAAACCUGCUUGGUACAGGUGUGCCUCAGAAACACCCUAGAGUUCAGUUUGCUUUGACCUCUACUAAAGAAGUUGGCCUGCACUGGUGGUUUUGGUGAGGAGGUGGAGGGACCAGAGAUAUUUCAGCUUAACUUUUAAGGUUUUUUGUUCUUGCAUAUAAGGGUUAGGUUUUUUUGUGUUUUUAAUUUUUUAAAUUGAUUUUAGGGAGAGAGAGAUAGAAAUAUCUAUGAGAG